GCUUUUAUAAGAGUUUGUCGACUUAAUAACAGAAUGACGGAAUCAUCUAAAAACUUGAGACCCUAUUUUGACUCAGAGACUUUCCAUGCUGGAGGUCCUGCGAUCUAUAGGCCAGGAAUUGGUGUUGUUGAUGAACAAGGAAAUACCAUUGCUUCCAAGAUAACAAAUUCAUCAAAUUUAAAAAGAUCAAUCACAAAUAACAUUGGUAUAGGUGGUGUUUCAAAAGCUUAUGGCUCUGGCAGAUCUUCCAUGAGAAAUAUCAUACGGAUAAAUCAAUAUAAUGAAAAUAUUAAAAAGAAUAUGUACUCAGAUUUGGAAUUUUCUGAAUACUUUGAAUUAAACAAUGUUAGUGAAUUGAUCAAGUCCUUAGUCAAUUCAUUCAUAACAAAUUAUUUCAGAUGUCUAAUUGCUCAACCAUUUGAGGUGGCUAGACUAUUGUUACAGGUUGGUGAUAUCCAUACAACAACUCCAAAUGAUGGUGCCAAAGAACAUCAAAAAACAAAGCGAAACGAACCCCAUUACGAUGAUGACAAUGAUGAUGAUAACGAUGAUGAUGAUGAAGUUUACUAUUUCCAAUCCAAAGAUGAAGAUUCUGAACUAUUACGCAGAAGAACAAGAACUAUUAAACGUAGAUCUCCAACAAAGACCACAACCACGGCUGCCAAUUCCAAAAAAGUGAUUAACAAAAACCACAUUAGACCAGUCUCACUAAAUACUGUUGAUAUUAUGUCCAGUUUAUUGUCACAAGAAGGUACAAGAGGGUUAUGGAGAGCUACAAAUGCCACAUUUAUUUUGAAUGCAUUAUCCUCAACGUUAGAAGCUUGGAUAACAGGCUUUAUUUCACCUUUCUUGCAAAUCCCUGAUCCAUUUUUCGUUGAUGUUGCGCAUUCACCAGAACCAACUACAACUUUGGCACUAUCUAUUACCGCUUCAUUAUUGACGGGUUUGAUUUUGGCACCCCUUGAUUUAAUAAGAACAAAAUUAGUUGUCACUUCAAUUAAUCAUAAUGAAAGAAGUAUUCGCAACAGUAUCAAGAACUUGAGAUAUUUCACUUGUCCAAUUUCAUUAAUAAUCCCAACAAUCUUGAAUAGUUUGGCUAAUAAUGUUUUCAAAAAAUUAACACCAUAUCUAUUAUUUGUGAAAUUUGGUAUUGAUGCUUACGGAUCACCAAUAUGGUAUAGUACUAUAAGUUUAUUUUCUAAUAUUGUUGAAUUAUUUGUUAGAUUACCAGUUGAAACUUUGUUAAGAAGAGCACAAGUUUCAUUUUUGUUAAAGAGAUCUGAAAAUGGCAAUGUGAUGAAGAUAGAGAAUGAAGAUCAGUUAAUAGUUGGAUUUGGUGGAUAUUCUGGACUUUUCAAGACCUUUUAUGAUAUAUAUCAUAGUUCUGGUGAGAACAGUGGAUUUGAAGGAUUAUUUAGAGGUUGGAGAGUUGGUUUAUUAAAAAUUUUGGGAAGUUGGGGUUUGAGUCUACUGGAACAGAAUUAUGACGAUCAAAGUUUCAAAGAAGAGAAGUUUUAA